AUGCCUUCCCCCAAAGGUCUGGCCGAAUUGGCAGUACUAAAUCAAAAACAGGGUGCGACACUUGCAAGUCAGUUCCAACUUCGGGUGUCAGUUCGUCGUAUUCGGUGCAGUGAAGAGAAACCAUACUGUUCAAAAUGCACCAGUACAGGCCGGCAGUGUGCCUACAGUGCCUCGGGCCCCCAAAGAGCCUUGGUGUCUCCGAUUCCGCAGUGGCAUGCAGGCCAACGAGAACGUCGUGCCUUUGAAUUCUACUUCCACCGAGCGGGGCCGGCUCUGGCGGGCAUUCUAGAUCUCACUUUUUGGAACGGAACCGUCUUGCAAAUGUGCCGGCUGGAGCCAGCUGUAUGGGAUGCAGUCAUUUCACUCAGUACGCUAUACCAGCGCCCUCCAAUUAAUGACGAGACACCAUUCUCUCUCAUCCACAGUCCAGCGGCUGUGCGUCAUGCGUAUCACCAAGAAGCAUUGGUAUGGUACUCUCGCUCACUGGCUGCAUUGCAACAACGUAUUAAUCAAGGUGUCGUGGAUAUCGCGAUAUCCACGAUCACCUGCAUCCUCUUCAUUGCCAUUGAAUUGCUCCAAGGCCACAAAACAGCUGCAGUCGCGCUGUAUAACCAAGGAGCACAGUUAUUAGCAAGUGGUACACCAUCCGCACCAUCCGGCUCAGGGUUUCAGUCCUUGAUGGCUAUCACCAAUCCUAUCUUUCGUCGCCUGGGGGCGCAAUUUCUCAUCUCUACCGAUGGUGAACUUUGUGACUCGUGGGCGGUGGACUAUACAGACACCAAUAAACUUUUCACGACAAUCAAUGAAGCCAGAAAUGCGCUUCUAGGCCUCGUUGCGGAAUGGAAAAUUCUCAACAAAGAUAUCAAACGUGACCUGGGGAAUCUGAACCAGGCACACGUCCCAAACUCAUCUGCGUUUGUAAUCCAACAGCGGCAGCUCCAGUUGGAAGCUCGUUUGCGUGUUUGGCACACAGCCUUUAUGUCCAUGAUGUCCCCACGAUACACGGGUAUCUACCCACCCGCACAAUGCUCCGAUGACUCGACUUGUCUGCUCAUGAUGACAUAUAUCAGCAUACUCAUUGAAACGAGAACAUCUCUCGCUCUUAACGAAAUGAUUUAUGAUGAAUUUGAAGCGGACUUCAAUCAAAUCCUGCAAUAUGCGCCCAGCGCUCUAGAUGCUACUCGCAGCUCAGAUGGCAGUCAGCCCGACUUCAUGUUCGAGAUGGGGGUGUUUCUUCCCCUCUUCAUCACAGCACUCAAAUGUCGUCAUCCCCAGUUGCGUCGCCGGGCAUUGAGUUUCCUAUUGGAUGCUCCGCCGGUACAGGGUCUAUGCAUGUGUGCCCCAGUGGUGAAUGUUAUUGCCACGAUUAUACUCAUUGAAGAAGAUCUUUACGAUCGGGAUCGGAUCGAGUCACUUAUCAGUGUGUUGGCGGGGCCGGGAAAACAGUCGCCUGCAGAGAAGCGUGUUGUCACAUUCAAUGUGUCAUCUUAUCUCAAUAACGAAGGAAUACGGGAAAAUCGGCUUCACCUCGCUACCUAUGCUUCGGACGCUGAGGGUAGAUAUGGGCUUUCGGAAACAUCAGUAUUGCUUCCACUUCUUAGUGAGCCAGCUGGUUGA